AUGUAUAUUUCAGCUAUAUUUAGUAAUGAAGACUUUUUCGCUAUAAUUGCUCUCUCUCUUGUUGGUGCAGCCUUCGCCGCCCCUACCACUGAGUCCCGAGUUCACCCUUACAGCAUCGGCGACCUUUCCCUCAAGCAUACUAUUGAGGGCGACACAUGGGAUUUAUCAUUCUACCUUACCUCCAGGAGCCCCACAGGUGAGGCUCUUGAGACCACUACCUGUCACACUGCUUGGACCAACGGCACACUUCCUGUCGGUGCAAAGAGCCCUGAGCCUUGUGCUAACCCUGCCUACUCGUUCUUUUUCCCCACAGAUGCUUUCAGCGUCAAGAAGUAUGAAGUCGCCGCUGAGGGCCUUGCUGGAACAGUUGUGACCUUUAUUGAGUCUGGUUACAAGUACCACUGUGGUCCUUACACGGGCCCUGUUGGUAAUGUUGACACUGAGUGCAAGACUAUCAACGGUGGAUAA